AUGGCAACAUUAUCUGAUUAUCGAGCUCAACCGAAGUUUCAAGCAAAUCAAAUGAGUAAAAAUCAGGGAAAUAUUUCAAUUCGAGAAAUUCUUCUGAAAGACAACAAAGGAGAUAAGAUUACUCAUAAUACAUCGAUAUCUGAUGUAUCAAAAUCCAUUCCUACCAUCACUGCCGAGAUUCAAACAACAACUAAUGUAUUUCUGUUAGGGCGCGAUGAAAACCACAUGAAUACUGAUCAACGUCGAUGGAGAAACAUGUUUAUUCUGAGCAUAUUAAGUCUUCCACUCGUUGUCCUCCUAUCCAAAAAAUUCAUCGAACGUAUUUUGAAACUUAGAGAAGCUGCUGCAUUCGCCGAAGCUGCAUCAAAGUAUUACAAAGAUGUUCGAUAUCCCGAAGCUCUUGACAACUAUCAACGAGCGAUUGAUAUUCAAAGCAAAAUUCUCUCUCCAACUCAUUCAGAAUUAGCAGCCAAUUACAAAAAAAAGGGCGCCGUGUAUAGCAAGAUGGGUGAUCAUUCGAGAGCUCUGGAAAACUACAAUAGAGCUCUUGAAAUUCAAGAGAAAACUCUCCCCAUGCUACAUCCGAGUCUCGCGACGACAUACAAUGAUAUUGGUUCAGUGUACUUUCAUAUGGGCGAGUAUUUAAAAGCUCUCGAAAACUAUAACAAAGCUCUCGCAAUUCGACAGAAAGCUUUCCCUCCUUCGCAUCUGAAAUUAGCGACACCGUACAUGAGCAUUGCUACCGUAUAUCACGGGAUGGGUGAGCAUAUAAAAGCUCUCGAAAACUAUAAUAAAGCGCUUGAAAUCGAACAGAAAGGUCUCUCUGAGACACAUCCAAAACUAGCGACAACGUAUAACAACAUCGCUACACUGUAUUCUGACAUGGGUGAAUAUUCAAGAGCUCUCGAAAACUACAACAAAGCGCUUGACAUUCAACAGAGAAAUCUCUCUACAUUGCAUCCCGACUUGGCAUCGACAUACAACAAUAUCGGUUCAGUAUAUUCUCACAUGAGUGACCAGUCAAGAGCUCUCGAAAACUACAACAAAGCUCUUGAAAUCUUACAGAAAGUUCUUCCUGAAAUGCAUCCACGCUUAGCGUCGACGUACAAUAACAUCGCUGGACUGUAUUUUCGUAUGGGUAUGCACUCAGCAUCGCUCGAAAACUACAACAAGGCUCUUGCGAUUCAACAAAAAUCUCUCUCUAGAUCGCAUCUACAUUUAGCGUCAACGUACAAUAACAUCGCUGGACUGUAUGAUAGUAUGGGCAAGUAUUCAAGAGCCAUCGACAACUACAAGAAAGCUCUCGUAAUUCAACAGAAAGCUUACUCUACGAAGCAUCCAUAUCUAGCGAGGACAUACAAUAAUAUUGGUAUAGCGUAUUCUCAUAUGGGCGAAUACGUCAGAGCUUUAAACAACCAUAAAAAAGCUCUUGCUAUUCAACAGAAAGCUCUACUUUGGACGAACCCAGACCUAGCAUUAACUUACAAUAACAUUGCUACCAUAUAUGAAAAUAUGGGCGAAUAUUCAAGAGCACUAGAAAAAUACAAGAAAGCCGUCGAAAUCCUACAGAAAGUUCUUCCUGAGAACCAUCCAGACUUAGCAUCGAUAUACAAUAACAUCGCUGCAGUGUAUUCUUCUAUGGGCCAGCGUACCAGAGCUCUGAAAAAUUACUACAAAGUACUUAAAAUGCAACAGAGAAGUCUGUCUGUAUCGCAUCCAAAUUUAGCGUCGACGUACAAUAACAUCGCUACAGUGUAUUCGGCUAUGAACAAAUAUACGAGAGCUCUGGAGUACUAUAAUAAAACUCUUGACAUUCUAUUGAAAUCUCUUCCUGAGACACAUCCGAAUAUAGCGAGUACGUAUCGUGGCAUAGGUAAGGUGUAUUCUGACAUGGCUGAGUACACAAAAGCCCUGGAAAACUACGAUAAAGCUCUCGCAAUUCAACAUAAAGUACUUCCUACAACGCAUCCCAGUCUAGCGACGACAUACAACGACGUCGGUUUAUUAUUUUCUAAGAUGGGUGACUAUUCAAGAGCCCGUGAAUAUUAUAACAAAGCGCUUGAAAUUCAACAGAGAGUUCUCCCUGUGAUGCAUCCGCAUGUAGCCAAGACGUAUAACAAUCUUGGAUUGGUGUAUUCCCAAUUGGGCGAUUAUUCAAGAGCUUUGGAGAACUAUGAGAAAGCGCUUGAGAUUCAACAAAAGAUUUUUCCUGCGAUGCAUCCCCGUCUAGCGACGAUACAAACUAAACGACCUGUGUUACGUGAAGGACAAUACGACCCAUUUGGCUCAAACGAUCAAAAGCCUGUUGAAGUCAAUAAAAACAAUUAUGAAACUACAUCGUACAAGUGUCACAGUAUGAUAGCUGUGCCUAGUGAUGAAUAUCAUGUGCCAAUCAAUACAAUGCGUAAUGAAGAUGGGUUUAUUAUUACAUCAUUCGAUUUUGACGAUUAUCAAAGAUAUGAAAAUCGUGGCAAACAUCGCGACAAUCGUUUGUUAAAUGGUCGCAAUACCAGUCAUUCAACAGGGUCUCUGUCAAAUGAGGAGUCGCAAGCAAAUGCUAUUGGAGCACCAAUGACACAACCGAAAACUAAUCGCCAAGUGAAUCAAAGCAGUCAAAGUCUUAAAUCACAAGUAAAUGAUGCUAAUCCAGAUGCUGGUAUUAAACCGAAAACUGCAGAGGAAUUGAAACUUGAACAAGCAGCGAUUCGAGAUGCUCAUGAAGAAAGAAUACGACGUCAGCAAAGUAGAAUGAGUCAAAUAGCACGUGAUAAUAGUGGCAGAACAGGGGAAACAUUACGAUGGCGAAUUGAUUAA